GUUAAAGUGCCAAUCAACAAUCGUACGCCGCACACACAACAAAGAAGCGGCUAUUUCCCGCUCGCUCCCAUUUUUCUUCCCCAUCCCGAACAAUCUCCGACGAUGGCUCCAAAAUCUGACAGCACCGAAGGAAUCGUGCUCAAUUUCGUGAACGAGCAAAACAAGCCUUUGAAUUCGCAAAAUGUGGCUGAUGCGCUCCAAAAGUUCAACCUCAAAAAGGGCGGUAUUCAGAAAGCUCUGGAUACUCUAGCUGACAGUGGGCGGAUCUCAUUCAAGGAAUAUGGCAAACAGAAGAUAUAUCUUGCUCGCCAAGAUCAGUUUGACAUUCCUGAUAGUGAAGAGCUUACUCGGAUGAAAGAAGAGAAUGCUAAGCUCCAAGAAAUGAUUAGUGAGCAAAAGAAAGAACUCAGUAAUAUUGAAGGAGAAAUCAAAGCUCUGCAGUCAAAUUUAACAUUGGAAGAGAUACGGGCCAGAGAAGCAAAACUCAGAAAGGAGGUAGAAGACAUGGAAGUGAAACUGGCUAAGUUAAGGGAGGGUGUUACUCUUGUUAGUCCUGAGGAGCGAAAAGCUGUGGAAGGAAUGUUCACAGAGACGAUGAAUCAAUGGAGAAGACGCAAGAGGAUGUUUAAAGAUUUAUGGGAUGCUAUAACUGAGAAUUCACCAAAAGAUCUUAAAGAAUUCAAGGAAGAACUCGGCAUAGAGUAUGAUGAAGAUGUUGGAGUAAGUUUGCAAUCCUUUGAUAAUUUAAGGCAACAAGGAACAAAACGCACCAGAGGCCUGUGAUUUUGAAUCACAAGAUUGUGGAGUUGUUAAUAUGAUGUUAUUUCGGCUGGUUUGUUAUAGUUGGUAAAAUAUGGUAUGUGUGCUCACAGCUGCUCUUUAAAGCUUUAGUUACCUUCAUGUGUAUAUUUUCGCUAUUGCAUUUGAAGUGAAAGACUCAAAUCCAGUUGUACUAAUCAAGCGUUAAAAUAUGUCUAAGCUUCUUUACCUAGUGUAGUAUUGCAGUUUCAAAAAAAAAAAAGUGUAGUAUUGCAAUGACCAGAAAUCUGAGGUUUAUUUGCACAUUACUUGGUGAAUCAAAAAUCCAAAGAAAUUAUUUCCUGAUCUACAAGGUGAGUGAUUACUUUUUACCUAAGUGUUCAUUUUAUAUCUUGAUAUGAUGCGUUUGUAUAUCGACUGUUCUGUAUGCGGUCACCUUGCUUGCUUUACUGAAGUUGGAUCACCAUUAGAAGAACAAGUAUGUCUGCCAUGAUUUUUGUGUUAGGUACGGCAGUUGCCGUAAGCUUGCUCCUAUUCAAGAAUAUGCCCAUGAUGAGACAGAUAUUUCCCAUCUUGAACUUGUUCUUUUUCAUAGAUUACAAAUUUUACUUACCUAAAGUACCUUUGAUGGAUGCACUCAGGCUUCAGCAAUCUCCAUAGCAUACUAGCAUGCUUUAUAUAGUUGUAAGCUUUAUAGACAAAAAAGUAACAAAAUUGUACAUAGAAAGCUCUUCCUGAAAAGGCAUAUAACAAUGAAAAAACACAAACAUGAAUACUAUAACAUACAACAGAAGUCUGCCUCCGGUAUAACAUUAUAAUCUCUAAAUGCCCAUUGUCACCUGCCAUAUGUCCUUCUAGUCCUGACAGAAAUAGGCCUCUUCUCCACCUUCAAGUCCCCCACCACUCCGGUCGUCAACUUCUUUGGCACCUGUUCCAUCUUGAAUCUCGCUGGAGGACCUGAAGCGACUUGCUCAUGAGAUGGAGAGUAAGAUUUUCUGUAGCUUUCUUCAGAGGCAGUUCCUUCCAAGGGAUCUGGAGUUUUGGAAUCCAAAACAUCCCUCCUGUGUUGCAAUCUUUGUGUAGUUUCUCCAUCAAAAUUACGGUUUAUUCGCAGACUUACGCUCCUCAUGCCAUGUGCCUCAUCAUCACUUUCAUCAAAAAUAAUAUUCUGGUUUUCUAUUUUCCUCGGCAGCUCGUUAUGUACGACUCUUUCAGUUUCAUUCACAGUGUUUUCAAAUGAUUCUGCGCUGGAACUGGAUAAGGACCUCUUAAGUUCCCUUCAUCCUUGCCUCCCUUGAAUUGUUCUGCUUUGACCAUCCCUUCAAAUUUAGAAGCAUCUUUCUCCUUUGAUUGGAUUUUUUCAGACCUUGUUCUAGCAUUAUGUUCCUCGAAAUCCCUUAAAUCACUUUGGGAAUUGGAUUUAGCUGCAUCAUUCGGGGAAUAGACUGCAGGCUGUAGCUUUGGACCUUUUGGAUUAUGAGGAUCUUGCGAGUCAGAUCGUGAAAGCUGUACAGCUGCUCUUGCAGCAGCGGCUGCAUAAGCUGCUGAUUCGAAUGCUGCUUGUGCAGCAGCAGCUACAUCCUUGUACUCGGUCCUCAGCCUCACUGACUCGGUGAAUUCCUCAAGUCUUUCUGCGUCUAUGGAGUGACUUGGUGUUCUCUGUGUAGGCUGAUCUAGUCCUGAAUCAGUCCGUCUUGGCUCCUGCAAAUCAACAGGGCUAACUAUUAGAUUGUAGUUUCGCUUUCUAACAAUUAACUUAAUACAUUUAGAUUUUUUGACUCUUUUGGCUUGAAAUAGUAGUUUGUACCUCAGUUCUCUCUAACUCCACAUCUUCAAGUUCCAGAAUGAUGCUGUUCUCUGAGGCAAUUCCUUUGAGCACCUUCAUUCUGCUAUCCAAGUUAGGCAUCCUGGUAGAUAGUUUCUGAAUCAUCUAUAAUCAAAGAACACAGAUUCGUAAGAAAACAUAGACGUCUCGAAAACUAAAGAUGUUGUUAAUCCCAAACUUUGCUCACCUUGUAGUUAACUCCACAAUUAUUUCUCAACUCAGCUGCUCGCGCAGCAAAUUCCUUCCCAAAACAAGAGGUUAGAAAUGUUCGAAUUUCUUGAAGUUCGGGGAAGUCCCCGCAUCUUGUAGCCGCAUAGAUCAAGCUCGAUGCCGCCUCAGUAAGUUCCUCUGGACAAGUUCUGCAUCCAAACGCACAGAAACGUGAACAAGUCAAUCAAAACAUGGCGUAAAAUGUCAUCUACAUAUAUUCAAGGGGGGAAAAAACGAACUUUUGACCGUCAAUGAGGUUGAUCCUUUCAAUCAACUGAUGAAGAUAGCUUUCUAUCAUAACAUACGCAUCCAGCAUGUUCUGCUCCUUGAUCACUUGUUCAACCUAAACCACCAGCCAAUUCCAUUUUCAGAACCCGAGAAAACCCAAAAACAAUAAUUAAAAGGCAUGUAACCAACCAAGUAUUACUAACCCGAAGAAGAGCUCUUUCAUGCUGGCCGAGGUUUAAGAGCUGAAGAACAUCAGAACGGGCAAUGUUAAGCCGUGCUUCGCGCUGGUUUUUCAAGACACAAAGCCUCGAAAUACCGAGGUUUAUGGUGGGCUUAAUCUUGCGACCCUUGUUUCUUCUUCCCAAUAGAGCAUCAAGCUUCUUCCCCAUCGUCUAGUAUUUUCUUGUUACUCAAUUUGGCUCAAAACAAAAGUGUGUAUAUUACUUUCAGCUUCAGCUUUCAACAACAGUGAGAUAAGGAUAACUAUUAAAAAACACUAGAAGGAAACAAACGAGCCUGGCUCGUUCGUACCUUUAGGUGAUGACGGAGGAAAGAACGAAAAUGGUUGUAUAUUUUUGUAUGCGGAUGAUUUAUAUAUGCCUUGAAUAUUCUUUACUGUCACUGUGUGUUGUGUGUGAAACUGAGAAGGAUUAAUGAAAGGGAAGUUGGGAGGAAAUGAUUGAGAUGAAACAUGAGCGUGUAUAAUAUCUUUG